CCACAGCGUAUUGAGAUGCUACUAAGCACAGAGUUAUUUUUUGCUUGCCUUCAAGAUGGCAAAAUAUCCCUCGGUCCUGGCCUACCUUGCUUACAAAACACGGCUUUUGGUUGGAUCGCAGGUGGGGUAAUUGAACAUUCAACAAACGAUUCUGCAUUCAUUUGCAAUAUCGCUGUAAACGCAGAGUCACCUAAGGCAGAUGAUAUUCUCAAGCGAUUUUGGGAAAUUGAAGAGUUCCCGCAAUCUAAUCCAGUUCUAUCAGAAGAAGAGUCUUAUUGUGAGAAACAUUUUCUUAAAAACGUGACCGUUCUCAACAACGGUCGAAUACAAGUCCGCUUACCAUUCAAAACCGCACCUUCUGUAUUAGGCAACUCAUAUGAAAACGCCAAGAAAAGGUUUCUACUGCUCGAGCGCCGUUUGAGCCGUAAUACUGAAUUGAAGCAAAUGUAUGAGAACUUUAUGAAGGAAUAUGAAGAUUUGGGACAUAUGUCGCGCGUAGUCGAUGUUGAGUUAAGCAACCCACAUUUUGUGAUACCACACCAUUGCGUCAUGCGACCAGAGAGUACAACAACAAAGUUGCGUGUAGUUUUCGAUGGCUCGGCAAGCACAUCAUCAUGUAAAUCGCUUAAUGAAAUACUAAUGGUAGGAGCAACUAUUCAACAGGAACUUAAUAACGGGUGA